AGUUAUCAAUAGGAUGCAUCAUCGCUCAUCUUCUCCCCCAUCAUCUUCCGCACCUUCUCCCUCCCUCUCUGUCUGUCCAUCUCCUCCUCCCUCUGCGCCUUUUUACGCACAAAACAAGUCAGAGCGCACACACGGCUGGCGAAGAAAACGGGAGAGACAAUAGACAAUAGUUUGGGUCAUCAUGGUAUUUGGAUUUUUACGGUAGACAACAUGCGCGCCGGACUGUGAGGUACAGGUGAACAAUCUUGUGAACGCGUCUGUUCUUUUACCGGCCGAAAGUUUCCCCGGGUUUUUAAUGUUGCCAACCGAGAUUUCAGGAGGAGUGUGUUUCACCUCAAGCGAUCACACUGAGGGAAGGAGAGAAGGGAUGAAAACAGAGGAAAGCCAGCAGUCUUGUCUGCAACAGCCACCAUCCUCAACGCCUUUUGGUCCGGAGUACAGGGGAGGGGGCGAGUUGUGCGCGGGCUGCGAGUCUCCCAUCGCCGACCGCUUCCUGCUGCGCGUGAACGAGCGCUCCUGGCACGAGACCUGCGUCAAGUGCGCCGUGUGUUUGAGCGCACUCACCGGGACCUGUUACUGCAGGGACCGCCUGCUGUACUGCAAGCACGACUAUGAGAAGCUGUUUGUAAGGAAGUGCAGCGCCUGCCUGCAGGUGAUUGGACGAUCGGAGCUGAUAAUGCGCGUGCAAGGCCAGGUGUACCACCUGGGCUGCUUCACUUGCUGUGAGUGUGAACGCCGACUGCAAAGAGGUGAUGAGUUUGUGCUGAAAGAAGGCCAGCUGCUCUGUCGCAUGGACUAUGAGAAGGAGAGGGAAAUGCUGGCUGCUAUUAGUCCCACACCAACUGAAUCAGUGAAAAGUGAGGAUGAGGACGGUGGAGUAGGAUCUGGUGGGGGGAAAGGUGGUGAUGAAGGCAAGGAGCACAAGCGAUCAAAACGACCACGCACCAUCUUGACCACACAGCAGCGUCGUGCUUUCAAGGCUUCCUUUGAAGUGUCAGCUAAGCCUUGCCGCAAGGUGAGAGAGACACUGGCAGCUGAGACUGGACUGACAGUGCGAGUUGUGCAGGUGUGGUUUCAAAACCAGAGAGCCAAGAUGAAGAAGAUAGCUCGCAGACAGCAGCAACAGCAGCAGCAGCAGCAGGAACAGGAGCAGCUGGGAGGGACCAGGAGGGGACCAAGCAGAGGUGGCCGCCAGAGCAAUGAUGACAGUGAGGAUGGCUCUAGUACCCAUGGCAUGGAUGGGAUUCUGGGGUAUCCCUCUCUGCCACGUCAGCAAUUGCUCGCUCUGGACCCCAACAUCUACGGUGGAGAACCAUUUCGACAUGGGCUUACACCGCCACAGCUGAACAAUGAGCAGCUCCACUCCUAUGAUCAGCUGUACACACUCUUGCCCUUUUUCACCACAGACUCAGAGACAGUGUUCCAUGACCUGGACAGCGAUGGAAGCCUUGGCCACCUUGGAGAUUGCCUCCUAGCAACUGGGGACAGCGGUCUCCUGCCAGGACGGGUGGGAAACCCCAUCGACCGUCUCUACUCCAUGCAGAACUCCUACUUCACCUCCUGACCCUUAUAAACUCUCACCCUCGCCCCUCCUAGUCCACCUUUCACCUCAGAGAUGCAGCUAAUGGAGUUUGUCCAUCAACAUGCCUGUGGGACCACUCUCCAUGAAAAUACCUACACCCAAAUACACUUCUGAGCUUUUAUCACAGGCCAAAAUCAUCACAAGUGAGACAUAGUUAUGAUACCAGUUUGAAGCAGAUUCACAUAAUGUUCCCAUCAUCGUUCCUCGAUAAGAAUCACAUGCUGGAAAUACAGACACUGUAAAUGUCCCAGAUAUGUAAAAAGACCUCAAUUUCUCCUGUUGUAUUUAUGUAAUGCUAAAAUAAAACACAUUUCAUGGCACUUUCCGGCAAAAAUGAAAAAAUCAGACACUUAUUCAAACAUUAAUAUGUAUAUCAUGAAUUACAGAUGAUAAUUGGUUGUUGAAAGUGAAUUCAUCAAUCAAAUUACAUGUAUUUAGGAGUCUAAUGAGCAGCUGAGGGACUAAGUUAUAUUAGCAUAUUGCAUAACUUUUUUGACAGAAUUAGUGAUUAGUUAUUGUGUGUGAAAGACUGCAACGUAUACAUUACUGUAUAUGGCUUGGAGUACAAUUUUGCUCUCAGGUUGGUGUGUGUGUGUUUAUGUAACCUGAGCUAUAACUCAGGACAUUGUGCUGGACAGGUUUACCAAUUUAAAUAGCCCAAAUGGCUUCAAGAACACAGAUUUCAAAGAGGAAGUAACUCCAUGUAAAAUUAUCAUUUCAAACUAAGUUUUUCAUAAUGCAUGACUGGUAAAAUAUGGACCAAAAAACAAAUUUUUUUUUUACAUUUUGACAACACUACAGGGUAAUUUGAAGGGCCUUAUGCGGAAACAGGGUUGUAAAAGUGACAAUUGCUUUAGCUUUUCCAUCCUUUUUUUUAUAUUAUAACCACUAAGAAGCAGUGCAGUCAAUGACAUUCAAUGCCCAAAAGUUAGGACACUGGGUUCACGAUGAUGUGCUCCAAAUGUAAAUGUGAGUAUGAUUGUGUUACAAUUAAUUGUUGUAGUCACUUUUCUGUAAUAAUUUCUUUCUCAAACAUCUCAAAUUAGAUGUUGUUAGGUAGAUAUUUUGUACCUUCUUCUGUGAAAAUCAGCAAAUAUUUAAACUGUAGCAUGAUAUUUAUGUGUCACAAGUAGGUCUAAAGGACUAGCCUCCAAACUGAAGUUGGAUAGCAAGUGUUGCAGAAAACAUCGGGAUUAGACUCACAAUGUGGUGCGGAAUAAAAUAAGAUUAUGAUACUUGUUUCAUUUUUAGGUGCCAGUGAUCAGCUACAGCUUGUAACAUUCUUUCGUGGCAUUAUGUUUGCCUCUGAUCACUGACUAAUGGUAUUUUUACAGUAAUAUUUUUGUGAAUGUAACUUAUUUGUGCGGUAUUAGGCGACUUCCUAUCUUACUUUUUUGUUCAGUGACUGCCAGGUGAUGUGCUUUGAAUGUAAUGUUGCCGUAUCUUCAAUACAAUCUGCCGUUUCAUCUUUGAAGUGCGCUUGCCUUAUUGUUCGAAAUAUGAUUAAUGACGAUGCACUGAUCACUUCCUCAUGUGAUAUAAAGUGGAGAUAUUACACUUGAAAAGAAAUUAAUCUUUUUCCCCUCCAUUACCCCCUUCAAAGCUUUAAUACUUGAACCAG